CACGCCACGGAAGGACUGUGACGCGGACGCUGGCGGGGCUGCGCGUAGUGAGGCUCCCGGAACGGAGCGGAGGCUCCAGGAAGCCGGGUUCUGUCAGCCGCUGCCGCCGUGUCCUCCCCGUCCGUUAUGGCGCCCGCUCGCGGCCCCCCGCUCCCGGGAGCCCCGGCCUGCGGAGCAGUUCCUGGAACAGAAGGACGGUGACUCAAGAAGGACCCCAGCACUGUUGCCGUAACUGUGUAAGGCAUACGGACCCCCCAUAGCCUUGCCUGGUCGCUGGCCUUUUUUUCAGUAUGGGGAGGAUUGGCAUCUCCUGUCUCUUUCCUGCUUCAUGGCAUUUCAGCAUCUCUCCAGUGAGCUGUCCACGAAUUCUGAAUACCAAUUUACGCCAAAUCAUUGUCAUUAGCGUCUUGGCUGCUGCUGUCUCACUUGUAUACUUCUCUGUUGUCAUAAUCCGAAAUAAGUAUGGGCGACUCUCCAGAGACAAGAAGUUUCAAAGAUACUUGGCCCGAGUGACCGACAUUGAAGCCACAGACACCAACAACCCCAAUGUGAACUACGGGAUCGUGGUGGACUGUGGGAGCAGUGGCUCUCGGGUCUUUGUCUAUUGUUGGCCGAGGCACAACGGCAACCCUCAUGAUCUGCUGGACAUCAGACAAAUGAGGGAUAAGAACCGAAAGCCCGUGGUGAUGAAAAUAAAACCAGGCAUCUCAGAAUUUGCUACCUCUCCGGAGAAAGUCAGCGAUUACAUUUCUCCACUGCUGAACUUCGCUGCAGAGCACGUGCCACGAGCAAAACACAAAGAGACACCUCUCUACAUCCUCUGCACAGCUGGCAUGAGAGUCCUUCCUAAAAGCCAGCAGAAGGCCAUCCUGGAAGACCUCCUGACUGACAUCCCUGUGCACUUUGACUUUCUGUUUUCUGACUCACACGCUGAAGUCAUUUCCGGAAAACAAGAAGGUGUGUACGCGUGGAUCGGCAUUAAUUUUGUCCUUGGACGAUUUGAGCAUAUUGAGGAGGAUGAGGAGGCCGUGGUGGAGGUGAGCCUCCCCGGCAGUGAGAACAGCAAGGCCAUCAUCCGGAAGAGGACAGCCGGCAUCCUGGACAUGGGAGGCGUGUCCACCCAGAUAGCAUAUGAAGUCCCCGAAACUGUAAGCUUUGCCUCCUUGCAGCAGGAGGAAGUAGCUAAAAACUUGUUAGCUGAAUUCAACUUGGGAUGCGAUGUCCACCGAACUGAGCAUGUAUACCGGGUCUAUGUCGCCACGUUCCUUGGGUUUGGUGGCAAUGCCGCUCGACAGAGAUAUGAAGACAGACUGUUUGCCAGCGUGUUUCAGAAGAACAGGCUGCUGGGCACACAAACCGGUCUGACUGCUGAUUCCCCGUACCUGGACCCCUGCCUGCCGCUGGACAUUAAAGAUGAGAUCCAGCAAAACGGGCAGAAGAUGUACCUGCAGGGCACUGGAGACUUCAACCUCUGCCGAGAGACUCUGCAGCCUUUGAUGAACAAAACCAAUGAGACGCAGACGUCCCUCAACGGGGUCUACCAGCCGCCCAUUCACUUCCAGAACAGCGAAUUCUAUGGCUUUUCAGAAUUCUACUAUUGCACUGAGGAUGUGCUGCGCAUGGGGGGAGACUACAACGCCAUGAAAUUUGCUAAAGCCGCGAAGGAUUACUGUGCAACAAAGUGGUUGAUCUUGCGGGAUCGCUUUGACCGAGGACUGUACGCAUCGCAUGCUGAUCUCCAUCGGCUGAAGUAUCAGUGCUUCAAAUCUGCCUGGAUGUUUGAGGUGUUCCACAGGGGCUUCUCAUUUCCUGUCAACUACAGAAACCUCAAGACCGCCUUGCAGGUGUAUGACAAGGAAGUGCAGUGGACCCUGGGGGCCAUCCUCUACCGGACCCGCUUUUUGCCCUUAAGAGACAUCCAGCAGGAGGUGUUCCGGGCCAGUCACUCCAACUGGCGGGGUGUCUCCUUCGUCUACAACCACUACCUGUUCUCCGGCUGCUUCCUGGUGGUCCUGCUCUCCAUCCUCCUCUACCUGCUGCGGCUGCGGCGCAUCCACCAGCGCAUGCUGCGGGGCGGCUCCACAGGCGCAGUGCUCUGGAUGGAGGAGGGCCUGGCCGCACAGAAGGGGCCCGGCGCUCUGUGAGCAGGCGCCACUCCUCCCACGGACGGUCUGCAGGAAAAGCCAUUUUUGCCUCAGGGUUUCUCCUCUUUAUCCUUGGUGAUUUUGUUUCUCCUCUGCCUUUUUUGUUCUUUAAAAUGAAAUCCUUACUUGAUGAGCCCUGCUGUGUAGAAGUAUUGCAUUUAGCCAUGUCUUAACAGCUUUAAUCGGAGGAGCAGCGACAAAGAGAGAUCACGGAGUUGAGCUGCAUAGCCAGAGUCUUAGGGUGUCCACCAAAACUAGUAGGAUUUGGGUCUGCUCAGAGGCACAUUAGGUUGUCAGCAGAUGCACUUCGAUGUCAGCAGAAAUGGCAAGAUGCUUUCUGUGGUGCCACCCAGCUGUGGUGCUGUGCCCCGCCCUCAGAACCAGAAAGCGGUUAGGGCUUCUGUCCUGUCUGGCCUCAGAGCUCCACCUGAAGGAGCUGAUGUCGCCUUGCUCUGUCACCCAGUGUGCUCUUUGCGAAUUUAAAAAUGGCAAAUUGUUCAAAUAGAUAAAAAUAGGAACCAGGCAGUUUAAAAGUUCACAAUGAAGGAACAUGAAAGCUGUCUCCUACUGACAAGAGCAUGGUAUGUGUGAAAGAUGCCACGGCCCGGGCCAGGACCUUGGGACUGGUUCCUGCAGACAAGCCUACCUGAUGGCACUGCCUGCACGGUGUUCCUAUUUCCUGGCCACCUGCGCUUACCUUCAUCAUCCUGUUUUGGUUUUUGUUGUUUUUGUUGUUGUUUUUCCAACAGCCUUAGAACACCUCAUUUUUUAAAAAAUUGGGAAAUUCAUGAAGUUUCACGGGCUUCAGCAGUAAGAGGACCGGGGUCGGUGUCCAUUCCGGGCACCCCGUGAUUCUUAGGAGCGAGCUCCUGCUGCUUCACUGCUGCAUUCCCCUCUAGCUUCCAGUCGGUGUCCACAGCCCCCUUGGUUAAAACUCACCCCCCGGUGUCGUUGGGGAGCCCCAGCAUUGCAUGACCAGUUCUGAAGCCUGAACUGCUGUUCUGCAGCUGUCCUUGGCACCACCAGGAAAGAGUCUGAAUUUAAUACCAAAAAAACUCACCUUUGGACAAAAACAAAUUUUUAAGCAGAAAUCUAAAAAAAGACAACCAAAUUGACAUUUUUAAGGUUUUUUUUUAUCUCUUUAGUUUGUAAAUGUGGAGAAUUUUCAUGCAUAGUUUCUUAGAAGUUCUUUUUUUAGAGCAUGUGCGUGUGGGUGUGCACACACACAUAUCAUACACUUCCUGACUCCAACACAGGUAGGUUUAUGUAGCUGGUGGCAAAUGUGUGUCUUGAGACUCACUGCCUGCUUUAUUAAGCAUCAUUGGUUAAAGAGAGCAUUCAGAUUCGGAAGCCCUGUUUAAUUUAGCAAAAUGUUAGUCCAGCUCUGCAGUUUUGGAGCAGAGUAGAAAAGAACACAGAAGAGCUCUGCCUGCAGCCUGCCCAGCAGCCCAUCUCAGUGUCCAGGAGAAGUCCCCACACAGCAUUCCAAGGCCCAUUGUACUUGGUAAGCACCGUGUUCCUCUGACAACUCCCUGAAGUGGGGCUUGCUAAGCUGUUGCAAAUCUGAAAGGCCCUUGAGAUAAGAACAUUUUUCAACCUUUAAAGGUUUAAAAUAAAUAAAAGUUGAAGAAUAGACAACAGAGACUACAUGAGGCCUAAACUGCUUACUAAAUGGUCCUUUAUGAGAAGUUUGCUGCCUGUAUGAGUCAGCUUUCCAUUACUAUAACAAGCUUACAAAGAGAAAGGGUUCAUUUUGGCUCACAGUUUCAAAGUUUCAGUCCAUGAUCAUUUGACUCCUUCAUUUUGGGCCUAAGACAAGGCAGCAGUCAUGGCUGAGCAGAACCAAUCACUUCAUGCCUGGUGCUAAAACCAAGGGCCCCGUAAUUAAUUCAGGGGCAAGCACCAAGGGCCUGAAGAUCCCACUAGACUACCCUUGAAAGGGUCUACCGUCUCCAAUAGCACUGAGCUGGGGCCUGAGGCUUGAACAUGGGCCUAUGGGAGGAGUCUAGAUCCAAACUGCAGCACUGGCGCUCGAGAACAAUCUGACCCAGGGAAGGGAAUAGACAGCCGCAUUCUCUUACUUCAGGAACCCAGUUACCAUCCGUGGGUGAGAGGAUUGACCAGGCUUCAAUCCUAAUGUAUUUACACACCAGAGUUUCACUUACCUUCCUGCUAGAUUAGUUUCAAGAUGAGUUUUCUACCAGACCAGCAAAUGUGCCUGCCCCAGUUUGUUUAAAAUAUGCUCUUCCAGGUAUCUCAUCACUUGUGCAGAAUUAUCUGCAGCCACAGUGAGUCGCAUUCCGGGGAGGGAUGGGGUGAGAUGGCAAAGGAGAAGAAUUGAGUCAUUUCAAGACUGGCAAGAAGGCAGUCAGUUCUGUUUACUCACAGAAUGCAGAGGAAACUGUACUGGCAGCUUGGUAAAACGCUUGCCAAAGACACACAUUCUGUUUAAAUCUUGGUAGCAAGAAAUGCUUAUGUUCCAUAGCUGGGUCCUGUGCUGCUGCAUUCUAAAGGCAUGGUCCAUAUAGGGCCAUCACAGUAAAAGACAAGUGUGGGUUUGCACCCAUGGCUUUUUUGCACAUUUCCCCUAAGCUGCUCAGCAUAGGCAGUGCUCUACAGCUCAGGGGUCAGGUGACAGAUGCUUGUGACCCGAGGCCAGUGUUGUAGGCGCUGCCGGCCACCAUUCCGCCCCGCCUGUGUGUUGUAUCAUGAUGCACUCUUGAUGAGCAGGUACUCAGAUUCUACAUACAGGCCCACCCGAGGUAGCUGUCCUUGUCAGGAGCGUGUAUCCCAUAGCAAGAAACUUAGGCAAAUGUGUUCUGCAAGCUUUAAAAAAAAAAAUCAGCUUUAGAGUUUCAUGUGGUAAUGUGCAAUGCACCAAAACUACCUUCCGUAAGUUAUUUAUUUCAUUGUUUUGUUUUUAUGUUGAAUUUUCCUUUCAAUAGAUUAGGUGAGUGACCUAAAACUUAGUCCUGCUACUGAAAUUGUAUUUUGCAGUUACAAAUCAAGAAAACUAAGGGAGCAAUUAUAUAUAUAUAUAUAUAUAUUUUUGUUGUUGUUGUUGUUCGUUUGUUUCUCCAAUGUUUUUCAUUUAAAAUAAGAAUAAUUGUCACUUCUGCAUCUGGCAGCCUCAUGUUGCUCACUUGCACAGCGGUCUGGAGAAUCAAUAAAAUUAAAGUUCACACAGCGA